AUGCUCGCAAGAUGUGAGCAACACGACGACCUGAUAAUAGCUACCUCCAGCGAGUCAGUCACAUUAUUCCAACGGCAGAAGACACGACCGAACCGACCCACAAAGGCCAAGUGUAUACCGAAAAGAAGCGCGACUCUUCAGGCAAAGAGAAACGCAUCAAUCUCUGUCUGUCAUGUGGAGCUUACCAUGCGCGCUCCAAUGGCCGCUUCCGAAUUGCCAGGUGUCAGGCAUGCGGGAAAACUGGCCACAUUCGGAGAGUGUGUAACCAGCCCCGAUUCAAUUUUGCACAGCCAACUGCUGCAAAUGACAAAUCUUGCGCUCUAUCUACGAUCCCAAGGCCGAAUCACCCAAAUCCUAUACAAAGAUGUGACAUUAAAGACAAACAAAACGCACAAAUUCAUUGUUGACACAGAAAGCACGAAAGCUAUCAUUUAA